GAGGGGAGAGGAGAGAAGCACCUUUGAUACCGAGAGAUGUGACACCAGCGUUCACAGCCGCCAGUGCAUGGUCAAUCUGCCCGAGCUUACCGCUUGGCGAGAAGGUAGUAAGGGAGAAGCUGUAGCGGUCCGACAUCGGCGUCUAUAGAGAUUGAAUGCGGUGGAAUGGACUGCUGCUGGUACGUUUUGGAUGUCAAUUGAUCGUCGUUCGCCUUUGUACAGCCUUUUGCUUAUCGUGCUCGUUGCUCUGCUUACUCGGUGCUCGAUGGUGUGGAGUCCGCGCGUACGACGUCGAUUGUCGACGUCAACUCAGACCAGGUGACUGCCAGGGGUCAAUUACGGAAGAAAUCCCAACGUCAAACAUUUAGCUAGGUGAAUGUUUAUAUAUAAUCGUCAAUAUACGCGCGAUCACCAG